GUUCUCGUGUUUGUAAUCUCUAAUUUCGUGCUUAUUUGCGUGCUUGCAUGUGUCAACGAUGUAAUUCACGAAUUCUUUUGAUAUUUCGUUGGCAGUCAAAGAAUUUGCGUUUGUUACACACUCGACGAAGAGCUUGUGCACGGAAAAUAUAAUUGUGCUAUUUCCGAUGGAAUAACAGUUGAAAUUUACCACACUACUCUGCACGAGCGUGAAUGAACUUCGUUCAAUGUGCCAUCAUCGAUAAUUUCGUAAACGAAGCAAGAAAGGGAAAAACCAAUGUGAUAUCCAUCAGAGUUUGAAACAAUACUUCAAAUGACGACUCAGUACAGUUAAAUUAAUGAUUAAUUUAUACGUAAACGAACGCUUACAUACGCAACGGCAAAAUGCUGUUAACAACCUUCGACCGAGUGCGGGAAAGGUCACGUCAUUGGGAACGUUCAAUCGGUGCCGGUGCCAAUGGUACGCUACUAUGUAGAGUUGUUAAAUGCAGCAUCCUCAUGUUCCUCCUGUUGGGACACUCUUCCUCACAUAUUCUCGACGAAUCUUCGCCUAACGACUUCGUCGAACGUUGCCGGCGAGAUUGCAUCGUGAAAAAAAAUGUUAUCGUAUGUGGGAAAUACAGGGUGGUGCGGUGGCUCAACGAAGUCGUCAGGCAAAAGGAGAUAAGUUACGGACCCUUCAGGGUUAUAAGGAUACCGUCAACGAACACGGUUCCAAUAUUGCCCGAAUUCCCGAAGCCUCGUGAUCUCAAAUUCGGAGUUGGCGAAACGCUCAAAUUCGUUAGAGACAUCGCCGAAGAUGUGGUGACGAGACGUGCAUUGGUGUAUACGUACGAUCAGCCGGUAGGCGCAAGAGCCCUCGCAUCUGGCCCGAUGAUACUCGACGAGGACGAGAUGCUUGAUAUGCAAAGAGGGAAACCAGAUGACUGGCGCUUGUUCAAGAAGAAAAAGAACUUAAUAUUUCCGAUCCUCAUACUGUUGAACCUCGUGAAACUGAAGCUGUUAUUACUGCCGAUACUGCUCGGUGUGCAUUUCAUCAAGAAGCUCAUAGUUAUCGGUGGUCUUUUCCUACCAUCCAUCCUCAAGCAUCUUAAGAUCUGUAAAGUCCCGUAUCAAAUGCCGCACAAUUAUCCCUUUCACACUUGGGCUACAGCGGCUGAAACUCCUGUUGAUUAUCCGACGGGAUACGCGCAAGACGAGCCACCAGGAUGGGGUCACAGGAACGACCUCGUGGCUGGUUUGGGCUACGGCGGGGCAGGAUAUCACGGUUAUGGACCCUAUUCAGCUUAUUACGGAAAUCACAGACAACGGCGGUGAUGAAUCAAUUCGAGAAAACCGCUGCUCAAUAUUAACUACGGAAAUAAUGGUUGGAAAUGGCUUUACUGCUUUGCGCAGUGUCGAAUAUUUCGCCUUUGAAAAACUCGGGUCGACGGUUUAUAUGGUGCGAAUAAAAGGACGGAAAAGUGGUCUGGGGGAAUUUGAAUCUCGAUGCUUCAUUGAUCGUUAUUUAUUGCCUGGAAUCCAUCCUGGCUCCCUAUCAGUUCGUUACUUUGCUCAUUAAGAUUAGAACUAUAGAAUAUUGGAGAUAUUCGAAUGAUGUUUUUGACGAAAAAAUGGUUUUGUAAAGAAAAAAAGAUAAAGUCGAUUCGAAAUGGCGAAAGUGGGUGAAUUGAGGAAAAAAUGUUUAGAAAAAAACUCAGAAAAUAUUUCAAUGAAAAGAUUUCA